AUGAACGACGGAAUACACACUGAUGCUUGGUGUGCAAACGUAUCCAAUAACCGUCCUCCGGUGUUAGCCCUUCCGGGACAUUCUGCCCCGCUUGGGAUUACGUUCUAUGACGGAGAUAAUUGCAAUGCAACACAAAGUUUUGAUUGUUCCAUGAAGGGAGACGCAUUCGUUGCAUUUCAUGGAUCAUGGGAUAGAAACGUACCUACUUCAUUCGCGUUCCUUUCACGCAAAAUACGAGCUAUCCGAUGCCGACUGGAUAUACUCAAGAUGUGUUUGGACAAACUUAAACCAGUAAACGCCGUGUUCAGGAAAGGAGUAAUGUUAUAUCGUCUGAUGCAACCGGAGAGGUUAUUCGAGUUAGAAAGGGUUCAGGAGAUACAAAUGGAGGUCUUUCGCAGACCAGAAUCGUCUUGCGCGGAUGAUUAA